ACCUCGAUUAUAUCGUUACACCGUUUGUCGCAUUAAAUACACACAUGACUACAUGAGACAUAUAAAUGUAAUAAUUUAGAAAAAUAAGCAAAAAAUGUUACAAAAUCUUUUGAGAGUUUUCCAUAAUGCUAACAUAGCAGCGAUCAAUCAACUCUUAAUUCAUUAAAUGGUAAUGUUGUAGUGUUUUAGGUUUAGCAAUAUUAACUGGUUACAAAAGUAAAGUUCCCACACAUUAUUAGGUAAAACAAUAUAUAAAGUCAACGCAACUUGCUCACCACCUUCUUGUAAAGUUGUAAUCUAAAAAGUAACAAAGGAAACAAUAAUAUAAAUUACAAGAUAGAGUGAGAGAGGCAAAACCAAGCGUGAAAGAGGGACAAGAAGAAGGAGAAAAAAAAAUGUCGAUGACGACUUCAGAGGCGAGAUCCCCGGUACCGUUGUUGUUGAGAAGAGGAAGGUCUUCCACGGCGUUAGGGACGCCGGAAGAGAGAUCGCCGUCAUCGUUACUAUUCAGAAGAAGGUCGAGCAAAGAUGUGGGGAACAUAACGUCAGUUUCUAGCAGUCUCUUGCCUGCUUUUGGGACAGUCAUCGAAAACGAUAACAACCCUUCUUCCAAAUCUUUCAUCGUUCUUCCUUAUGAUCGUCGUUACAGGUUGUGGGAAUUGCUUUUGGUGAUUCUGGUGGGUUAUUCGGCAUGGGCAUCUCUCUUCGAGUUAGCUUUCGAGAAAGCUGCUGAUGGAGCUAUCCCGACCAUUGAUCUCGUCGUUGACUUUUUCUUCGCCGUCGAUAUCGUCCUCACUUUUUUCGUUGCCUACUUGGAUACUUCUACUUACCUCAUCGUCGACGACCACAAGCUCAUCGCCAGACGGUACUUGAAGAGCGUGGCCUUUGUGAUGGACGUAUUAUCAACGUUACCGAUUCAGUUCAUUUAUAAAGCGAUUACCGGAAAUAUCGGACGAGGCCAAGCUUUCGGCUUCCUUAACUUGCUCCGCCUCUGGCGUCUCCGUCGCGUAGCUGAACUCUUUAAAAGACUAGAGAAAGACACACUUUUCAACUACUUCGUGGUCAGAGUCAUCAAACUUCUUUGCGUAACGAUAUUUUGGGUACACACGGCGGGUUGCAUUUUAUUCUGGAUAGCCUACCAUUAUCCAAGGCCUGUAGAUACAUGGAUAGGAUCACAAGUUGAGGAUUUCAAGGAAAGAAGCAUAUGGCUAGGCUACACAUACUCAAUGUACUGGUCCAUUGUCACACUCACCACCGUGGGAUAUGGCGAUUUGCAUGCAGUUAAUACCCGUGAGAAGACAUUCAACAUGUUCUACAUGCUUUUUAACAUUGGUCUUGCCGCUUAUAUCAUUGGUAACAUGACCAAUCUUGUUGUCCAUAGCGCUCUACGUACAUUCACCAUGAGGACUGCCAUCAAUCAUAUACUGCGGUAUACAAGUAAGAAUAAGUUACCGGAUAUGAUGAGGGAGCAGAUGCUUGCACAUAUGCAGCUCAAGUUCAAGACUGCGGAGUUAAAGCAAGAAGAGGUUCUACAAGACUUACCUAAGGCCAUAAGAUCAAGCAUUAACGAACAUCUAUUCCGCUCCGUGAUCGAGAAUGCUUAUCUUUUUAAAGGAUUCCCUGAUGGUCUCAUCAUCCAGCUAGUUUCUCAUAUAAAGGCAGAGUAUUUUCCGCCUAAAAUGGAGAUAAUAUUGCAGAAUGAGAUUCCAACGGAUUUCUACAUAAUUGUAUCUGGAGGAGUGGAAAUAAUUAGAUCCAAGGGCGCGAGUGAACAGGUAUUGGCUAAGUUAGGUCCAGGGGAUAUGGUAGGAGAGAUUGGAGUUGUCUUCAACAUUCCUCAGCCUUUCACUGUGAGGACAAGGAGACUUUCACAAGUUAUUCGAAUCAGUCAUCAUAAGUUCAAAGAAAUGGUUCAAUCUGAUGUUGACGACGCCAAAAUGAUCAUCACCAAUUUCAUGGCUUAUCUCAAGGAACUAAAUGAUGAAUUGAAGAAAGAAAUCCCUUUUCUUAGAGAUUUAUUAGCCAAUGCAGAUGCUCAGGAAAUGGUUCACACAGAAGAAUCACAACAAAGUUACAAUGAGGAGAUGGUCACGUUCUCGAGAGAUGAAAAUGAAAAUAAAGAAGAGCCAAAAAGAGAGGGAGUUCCCAAGAGAGUGAUAAUUCAUGGGCAUCCUCCUAAUCAAGAUAACAACAAGAAUGGUGAUUCCAAUGGUAGACUUAUCAUUUUGCCUGAUUCCCUUCCACUUCUGUUCGACUUAGCUGAGAAGAAGUUGGGGAAACAGGGAAGCACGAUUGUGAUGGUAGAUGGAGCACAUGUUGAGCAGCUUGAUGUUCUCCGAGAGAAUGAUCAUUUAUAUAUUUUCUAACUAAAUUAAUAACACUGUUUUAUUUUUGUUAUCUUUCAUAUCAUGGCCUUCCUUCCUUCUUUUUUUUUUGACGUGUUGAAUUAAUUCAAAAGAUGACAAUUAUAAAGAAAAAUAAUUAUAAACUGUUGUUUCCUGGAAAUAUUUGUUUUGUCGUCUACAAUCUAUGAGCACUGGAACAAGUUCCAUCGAUGAAAUUAGAUAAACUUAUAAUCUUUUGGAUGGUCAUAACAUUAAAGGGAAGUGAAUGAUCAAAUUAAAUGAAAUUAGAUAAACAGAGGUUUCCAUCAUCAACCACUUCCCUUUUGGAUGAAACAGAGAAUGAUCAAGGACCAAUAGCAGAAGGAGAGCUUAAUAUAGUAUUAAAGGGAAGUGGUUGAUGAUGGAAACCUCUGUUUCAUCUUGACGCAUUGAUGCUUAGAGCAUUUCCAAAAAGAAACUCUAUUUUGAAGUUUCCAAAACUCUAUAUUUUUGAAGUUUAAAUCUUUAAUGUAAUGUUUUAUCCACAGCGUUUAAGCUUCUAGAUCCCAAGAAGUUUGCACUAGCUUUCUUGCUUUCCCUGACAGCCUGAAGGCCCUGAACAUUGGAUUUGGCCAAGUUUAACAUGGAAACAUUUACACCAAAGGUCACUUUUCCUCUUUUUAUUACACGGUAAGUCACUUUUCACUCCUAAGGUACUUUCCCACACUAAAUCAUACACAUUGAUUAUACAAAAUGACAACCCUAUCCUUUUUAUUUCUUAGUUUACUUAACCUAGUUCUAUCCUUACCAAGAAACUCAAAGCCCACUUUUACUUUUUGUAAAUGAAAAUCCUUUUAAUUUUUUUUUAGAGAAGUUGCCUUAAAUCAUUAUCUUUAAGACACCCUGCCUCCGAUAUCCAUUUGUUAGCCGCCAUGAACGCAUCCCGUCGAUGCAGAUUCUCAGGCGUUGAUUCCGGCAUCUGCCCUCCUUCUUUCAUCCACAUAGAUUCUCCGGCGUUAAUUCCGUCAUCUGCAACCCUUUUCCAGUGUUGAUUUCAGAAUCGCUCAGUCGCAGCCCUCAACUCCAUCCUCCAACUCCCACUUUAUCCUGAGAGCAUCUUCUUCCACUUUCUCAUCUCCGAGACAUGUUCACCUUGCUACUAAUACAAGAGUUUUUUUUUGAUAAAGGAAUACAAGAGUUUUGGUAAUUGAUUUGAAGAAAUGGAGACGCUUUGAGUACACGAACUGAGCUUAAGAUGCCCUCACUCUGUCCAUUCCUCGUUUAGAUUCUGUCUCUGCUCACGAACUGAGCUUGAGAACAUGAAAGGACAAGAAUCUUCGUUUUGCUUUUUCGUCUUGCAUGAAUUUACCAGUUAUGGGGCUUCGCGACGGUGGCUCACUCAGAAAGGUUACAGCUUACAGCUUAAUUUAUUACAGUUUACACAUUAGAGAGAUAGAGAAGAAAAGCUUCUCUCUUUUUGAGUUAUAAUCGCAAGUAUGUGAGCUAGACUAGGAGCCAAACUCCCAUUGUUGGAACUUUUGAUUGUUUAACGCCUCAUUGUUGGAAUCAUGUAACAUCUUUUGGUGGAGAAUAAACUUUUUUGCCAUCUAGAGUUUAUAUGUCUGAGUUAUUGUGCUUGUAUUAUUGUCAUAUACUUUGCAGAUGGACCACUUAAAUCAUGAAUUUGUUUUUCGAUGUUGUUUGAAUAUACAUUUGUAUAUAUGUGUA